AUGAAGUCACCGAUCCCGGACUACCUGAAUAUUUUGUUGGAGAAGGUCCGACCAAACGAAGAUGGCGCCCCGGCUCAAUACAUCAAGACGCUGGCAAAUGCAGACACAUCCAAGCUCGCCGUGGCGCUCGUCAUGGUAGAUGGCAACGUCUACUCAGCCGGGGACGACCAAGUGGAGUUUUCGAUCCAGUCCAUCUCAAAGGCCUUUGUCUACGCCAUCGCAAUCGAGGAUGCUGGGCUGGAACAUGUGCUGGAGCGGAUCGGCGUCGAGCCGUCCGGCGAUGCCUUUAACAAAUUAUCACUACAUAAGGGUAACAACCGACCGAUGAACCCCAUGAUCAAUGCCGGAGCUAUUGCGGCGCAUUCACUCGUGGUCCACCCCAAUGCCACGGCGGAGGAGAGAGUCGACCGCAUCCUCAAAACUCUGUCCAGGCUAGCGGGCCGACAGCUUUAUGUGGAUGAGGAGGUGUACGAGGCCGAGCUUGAGGAUGCCGACCGCAAUAUGGGGAUCGGGUACAUGCUGAAGGCGGCGGGGAUCAUCUCGUGCAAACCCGCCGAGGUCGUCAAGGGCUAUAUCCGCCAAUGCUCCGUCAACGUCAACGUCCGCGAUUUGGCCAUGAUGGCAGCAACCCUCUGCAACGCCGGGGUGAACCCCGUCACGGGCGAAACCAUCAUGCCCGCAGACAGUGUCCGCCAGGUGCUUUCCGUCAUGACGACAUGCGGCAUGUACGACGCCGCGGGCGACUGGGUGUCCCGCGUCGGGAUCCCAGCCAAGAGCGGCGUUGCCGGCGGCAUCAUCGGCGCCCUGCCGGGACAGGUCGGGAUCGCCGCCUUCUCGCCGAAGCUGAACGACCGUGGCAACAGCGUGCGCGCCGUGGCGCUCUUUGAGCAAUUAUCCCGCGACAUGGGCUUCCACAUGAUGGACGUCAGCCAAGUCGCGCGCGCCAGCGUGAGCACGUCGGUGGCCAAGAUCGUCGCGGGCCAGGAAGAACCCCACCACCCCAACUGCGACCGACGCGUGGUCAUCUUUGCCCUCCGCGGCGCCGUCCGCUUCGCCGGCUCCGAGCGCCUCACGCGCGCCAUCGUGCGCGAACUCGGCGACCCGGACCCCAAGGACCCCGGGUCCGGCGCGCACCAGGACGCGUGCGCCAUUGUGAUUUCUCUGAGAGACGCCUUCUCGCUCAACCGCGUCGCCCGCCGCGUCAUCCACGAGAGUAUCAAGCGGUUAGUCCUCGAGGGGAAGAACGUCGUGGUGCUCGAUCCCAGCGACGUCUUGCAGAUGGAUCUGGACAGUCUUCCACCCGGUCCGGGUCAACGUCCCCACAUCGUCAGCAAUGAAAAGGAGGCGAGAGAGUUCAUUGGCGGGAGAGGCUGUUCGGCCGUUGCGCAAUCAGAUAAUUGGUAG